CAGAAUGAGGCGACCGACAUCAACAAACUCUGCGCUUCGGUCCCGGAUGACUUGGCAAAAAUCAUUCGGGAAUAUCCCGAGAUUUUCCCUGAUGACUUGCCAAGUGGACUGCCACCCGAACGACCCUAGGACCACAAAAAUUGAGCUAGAGCCCGGCGCGCAACCUACUGUACGAACUCAAUGGCGCUUGACUCAGCCGGAGCUAAACGAAUUACGGAAACAGCUGGACUACUUGCUGGCAAAAGGGUUUAUUCGGCCGAGCACGUCCCCAUUCGCAGCGCCGAUCCUGUUUACCCGAAAGAAGGACGGCGGACUUCGCAUGUGUAUGGAUUAUCGUGCCCUUAAUCGGGUAACGAUAAAAUCGCGCUACCCAAUCCCAUGCACGGACGAGCUGAUUGACAACCUUCGCGGAGCUUGCUACUUUUCGAAGAUCGACCUUCAUGGCGGUUACCAUCAAAUUCGGUUACAAAUACGCGGUGAUGCCGUUUGGAUUAACGAACGCCCCCUCAACGUUCCAACUCAUCAUGAACGGGGUGUUCCACGAUCUACUCGAGAAAUGUGUAAUAAUUUACCUGGACGACAUCCUGAUUCACAGCACGACCCGGGAGCAACAUUUGAAGGACUAGGAAGCGGUUUUUCAGCGGCUGAAGUAGCAUCGUCUCAUCACCAAGGGCUCCAAGUGAUAGUUUUAAAAACAAGAACUGGAGUUCCUGGGGCACGUGAUCUCCAUAGAGGGAUUCAAAUAGACCCGAAAAAACUCUGGGCUAUGCAGGAGUGGGAACCGCCCACCAAUCUGCAGCAGCAGCAAUCAUUUCUGGGUUUUGUGAAUUACGUGCGGCGGUUUAUAUCCAACAUGGCGGGGUUAACUGGACCUCAAACCGACCUACUGCAGAAGGGGACUUUUUACGAGUGGGGGGAGAAGCAGCAAGCUGCGUUCGAGGCAUUAAAAACUCUUUUAAUGUCGCCACCGGUACUUCGCAUCGCUGACCCGGAACGACCUUUCGAAGUCAUCACCGACGCAAGUGACAUCGCCAUCGGAGCUGUGCUCAUGCAAGAUUUCGGCAAUGGUCUUCACCCAAUCGCAUACGAGUCUCGCAAAAUGCAAUCUGCUGAGCGCAAGUACCCGGUACACGACAAGGAGAUGUUGGCGAUUGUCUACGCGUUCAAAAUCUGGAGGUGCUACCUGACUGGAGCAAAUGUGAUGGUGCGAACUGAUCAUAAAUCUCUACAAUACCUGAGAGCGCAGCCGAAUCUCAACCCGCGGCAGAUACGCUGGUUGGACUACCUGGAGUCCAACUUCACGUACAAAAAGGGCGCCAACAAUAUUGCAGACGCCCUUUCCAGACCGUCUGCCGAACUCGCAGCAACUUGCUAAACAGUGGACUGACUGACCCAAGUUACGCAGCACUGCUAUUCGAACUAGACAGCAUCACCGCGCAGCGGCGAAACCGAGCCUUGCACAGGCCUCAAGCAUUUCGCGUAGCGAACCCGUUUUCUCAGAGGGAGCAGUUUUUUCGCCUGCUGUGACUAGCGGGCCGUUGAGUCGAGUCAGAAGUGUUCUCCCCGUCUCCUAAGUGACAAUCCCAAGAGCUUUCGUCGAGGGAUUUCUUUUGGCGACGCGAGUCUCUCUUCGAAUAUUCUUCAACUUGAAGAUGCGGUCCGUCUCUGGCAUCCCCCCCUGCGACUUGAGUCGCAGGCGACCAGAGUCAUCGUGGUCGCCUGACGACCAGGAUAUCGACGUCAUCAUCUCGUACGACGACAUGCGCGACGCUUGCGACCCUAAACCGCCGCCUGAAGACGACGAUGUUUCUGAGAAUUGUAAAAGCAGCGCUCGUUGCGACGGGGCUCUCGCAGGAGCGGCUGAUAUCCCGGCUGGUCGCAAAGAUGCCCAGGGGAUCGCGACAUCCGUGCGACACGUUGCGACCACUUUUCGCAUUCCUUGCAACGAUUUCCCAGACACGAGCUGCUGUAGCAGCAGCAGCGGCAGCAGCCGUAGCACUCGAAGCUACAGCCCCCGCUGUAGCGCGGACAAUGUAAAUGCGAAUAGUAUGCGGAGCAACAGCCGACGGGAGAAAGCAACAAGUUGCGUCAUCGACAGUGCUUGUAGCGGGACGGCCCCAGAAGAAGGUCGCCGCGCGACGAGCGUCAGCAGCACUUGCGAAAGUCGUCGCAAAGUAUCGCACAGGAGUAAGGGGAAGCAUCUAGCACCAGUGUUUAAACCCUUGAAACGCACGCGCACACCAGAGGGGAGAUCGAACCCCCGUUUGGAUCAUCACGGGCGCCCUCUACAAGAACACCCAGCGGCGGCAUCUGCGCCAGACAAUGCGAUAAAUUUCCAGCUGCUCUCUCUGAUCAUAGACAUGCUCGCUUCCUCGCGAAAUGCCCCUAGCUCGCAUGGUGCGUCGCACGCGCCGUCGCAGCAGCCUUUCGCUGCAGCAGCGGGGUCGCACGACAUGCUGAAUCAAGUUUCCGCAUCCUUGCCGCAACUCUCCACUUCUCCGGUCUGCGUUCCGCGCUUCAUCUGCCGUCCUUCCCGCGACUCGACUGACGCUGAUUUGAAUGCGGCCGAUGAAAUGACUCGGGCUGACGCGGACGUGGCUAUGACGUGGCAGUGGAACGCGCUGCUCGAACGACUUGAAUAGGGUUUAGGAGAACCAACUGGAGGAAAUUGUGAUUCAGAAAAGUGGUUUUGACCUAAACACGAUGAUUCUAUGAUUCUAAUCACUGAUUUUUUUAUUU